ACACACACACACACACAGCUUUCACCAGCUGAACUUCUUGUGUACAUAAAUAUAUUUUUAUGUAUAAAGUACAUAAUGUGAAUAGUACCCAGUAUCCAACUGUAUUUACCGUUAUUGUGCUCUUGAAAUUUUUAUGAGUUGUAAAAAUUAUGAUUGAUGCUAAUUUAACUCGUUUAUUGUUUAUAUUUGCUGCUUCAUCAAUUGCUGUUGUUAGUUUUUUACUACACAAUUACAACAAUUAUUUACCAGUGUCAAUUAAAAAAACAUUAAAAUAUGGUAAACAUGCUGAAAAAAAACAACAUGUUUUAGUGAGUAAACUGGAAGUUCCUAAAAGAUGGUUUGGACACUUUUAUAUAUUUUCAGCACCAGUAUCAGCUUUAACACUGAUCAUUGUCAUCAACAGAUAUUUUUAUAAUGGAGAAUUAUCAAACACUGUUUGUUGGCUGUUGGAUUUACAACUUGGAUCAUCCAGAAAACCUUUAGUAUCACCAGAGGAUACACUUGUUGCCUUGUUUCUGUUGACAAUACAAUGUUGGAAACGUUUUUACGAGACCCAGUGUGUCAGUAUCUUCAGUGAUAGUAAAAUAAAUAUAAGCCAUUAUGUGAUUGGAUAUGUUCAUUACAUUGGUGCAUUGACAUGUAUCAUUGGUGAAUCUCAAGGAUUUACAAAAGGUACAAAAGCCAAUUUGCAGCCAUCAGCCAAUUUUCAGUGGAAUCAUAUCAGUAGAAUUAAUUUUAUCUGGAUGGCAAUAUUUUUGUUGGCUUCUUAUGCUCAACUACGUGCCAAUAUUAUAUUUGCGAAGUUAAGGAAAAAUAAGGAUAAUUAUGUUGAUUCCAAAUCUCACAAAAUACCACAUGGUGAAUUGUUUGAGUACAUAUCAGCACCACUUCAAUUCACUGAAAUAAUUAUGUACUUGAUGCUUACUUUUAUUCUUUGGGAUGCAUCAACAUUUCAUUUCAUCUUCAUUUGGGUGUUUGUUAAUCAAACUGAGACUGCUGUAUCAACACACGAAUGGUACCAUGACACCUUCAAAGAUCAGUAUCCAAAGGAUAGAAAAAUAUACAUACCAUUUAUUGUUUAAUCCACUUUAUGUUUUUUUUUUCAAAAAAAAAAAAAUGACAGUUGUCUU